UAGAAUUAAGUUUGUAGUAACGUUGCAUGUGUAACAUUUACGGAACUGAACAGCUACUGCCUUUUGGUGUGGAAAAUUUGCCAUCAUGGGUCGUAUGCACGCUCCUGGAAAGGGUAUAUCCCAAUCAGCUCUCCCUUACCGCCGAAGUGUACCAACUUGGUUGAAGCUUACUCCAGAGGAUUGUAAGGACCUCAUUUAUAAACUAGCGAAGAAAGGAUGUACUCCAUCUCAAAUUGGUGUUAUUCUUCGUGAUUCUCAUGGAGUCGCUCAGGUAAGAUUCCGUACAGGAAAUAAAAUCCUCCGCAUUGUUAAAAGUAUGGGUCUUGCUCCGGAUCUACCUGAAGACUUGUAUCACUUAAUUAAAAGAGCAGUCGGAAUCAGAAAACAUUUAGAAAGAAACCGCAAGGACAAGGACAGUAAGUUCCGGUUAAUUCUUGUUGAAUCAAGAAUUCACCGCCUUGCUAGAUAUUAUAAGACGAAAGGAUCACUUCCACCAAAUUGGAAGUACGAAAGUUCAACUGCCAGUGCUUUGGUGGCGUAAUCCUUUUUAUUGUUAAUAAAUGUAAGAAAUAAUAAACAUCUGUCUUGUCAAUUUA